AUGACGAAACGACGCACCGCGCUCGUGGUUUUGGGCGACUUUGGUCGUUCGCCUCGAAUGCAAUACCACGCGCUGUCGCUCGCGCGCGACGCGGAUCGCGCCGUCGACGUCGUGUGUUACUCGGGCACGCCUCCGAUCGAUGCGCUGUCUCGCGAAGACGCGGUGACGAUGCGUUACGUCGUGGGAUGUCGGUGGCGGUGGUUGACGCGCGUCCCGCUCGCGCUCGCGCUCGGGACGCGCGUCGCGGCGCAGUGCGCGCACUUGUUUUGGAUCCUGAUGACGAUGCAGCGGUGCGAAGAGAUGCUGAUACAGAACCCGCCGUGCGUGCCGACGUUUUUGGUGUGCGGAAUCGUGUGUCGCGCGCGACGGACGCGGUUGGUGGUGGACUGGCAUAAUUUCGCGUACACGCUGUUCGGGAUGAAGCGCGGCGACGCGAGCGCGACGACGCGAAUGUUGAAAUGGUACGAACGGACGCAGGGAAAGAUGUGGGGAGACGCGCACGUGUGCGUGACGAAGGCGAUGGGAAACUUUUUGGAGAAAGAAUGGAAGAUUGAGGGCGCGCGCGUCGUGGAAGACCGCGCGGCGGAGCGAUUUCGAGAGGCGGCGCGCGAGGCGACGACGCCUGAGGACGCGCUCGAUCGGUUUUUGCGGGGCACGCACGAGAAUAUGACGAAGAAUAAGCCGAGGUUCAUCGUGAGUUCGACGUCGUGGACGCCGGAUGAAGACUUUGGCGUUUUGCUUGACGCCGCCGUCGCGUACGACGCGCGCAAGCGCGCGAAGGGCGAUCAUGCGUCAAAGUCGUACCCUGACAUCGUCAUAAUUAUCACCGGUCAAGGCCCACGAAAGACGAUGUACGAGAAGAAGAUUAACGAACUCGCGCUCGAGCACGUGGCGUUUCGAACCGUCUGGCUCGACGCCGCUGACUAUCCGCGCGCGCUCGCGAACGCGCACCUGGGCGUCUCCCUGCACACCUCGAGCAGCGGUUUAGAUUUACCGAUGAAAAUUGUGGAUAUGUUUGGGGCAUCGUUACCCGUCGCCGCGAUGCGGUACGCUGUCAUCGGAGAGCUCGUGCAAGAGGGCGUCAACGGCGUGCUCUUUGCCGACGCCACCGAACUCGCGGCGAUGUUCGCGAAACUUCUCCGUGGCGACGAACGCCUCACGCUCAGAGCGUUGAAACACGGCGCGGCGAAAUGGGGAGAGCAAACGUGGGACGAUCAUUGGAAGCGCUGUGCGUUACCUGUGUUCGCCGACGCGGCGUGA